CCCCGCCGAGGUGAAACCCGAGCCGCUCGCCUCAGCCGCCUCCAGGGCGGCGUCCGUCCCUUCUAAGGGCGGGUUUUCCGCGCCUAUGAAAAGGCGAGGCGGCGCUCGGCUUCGGCAGCGGCGCGGACUGGACAGGCAGGCGGGCAGAUAAUCAUUGGCUUGGGAAACUCCAGACCAGGUGGCUGUCAUGUCAGGAAACCGGGGAACUAUCAAAGGAGCUUCCAAUUUCAGGGCAGAAGAGGAUGCCCAGAAACUUCGUAAGGCCAUGAAGGGACUAGGUACAGAUGAAGACGCCAUUAUUGAGGUUUUGGUUAACAGGAAUUUGGCCCAACGGCAGGAGAUUAAGAUAGCCUACAAAUCCACCAUUGGGCGGGAUUUGAUUGACGACUUGAAGUCUGAGUUGAGUGGGAAUUUUGAAAGGGUUAUCAUUGGACUGAUGACACCCAUCACUCUGUAUGAUGUGCAGGAGCUGAAAAGAGCUGUCAAGGGGGCAGGGACAGAUGAGGGCUGCCUCAUAGAAAUAUUGGCUUCUCGUACCAACCCGGAAAUCAGACGGAUUAAUGAAACCUACAAACAUCAGUAUGGGGUUAGCCUUGAGGAUGACAUUGUCUCGGACACCUCCUCCAUCCUCCGGAGAGUGCUGGUGUCUCUUUCCACUGGCAACAGAGAUGAGAGCAGCCAUGUUGAUGAGGGCCUGGCCGUGCAAGAUGCCCAGUGUCUGUACGAAGCUGGGGAGAAAAGGUGGGGCACUGAUGAGGCCCAGUUCAUGACUAUCCUGUGCUCAAGAAGCAGAAACCACCUGUUGAGGGUGUUUGAUGACUACAGGAAGAUUGCUAACAAAGACAUUACAGAGAGUAUUAAAUCUGAAAUGUCAGGAGAUCUUGAGGACGCCUUGUUAGCAAUAGUAAACUGUAUGAGAAAUAGGAAUGCCUACUUUGCUGAAAGGCUGUACAAAUCCAUGAAGGGUUUAGGGACAAAUGACGACACCCUCAUUCGAGUGAUGGUCUCCCGCUGUGAGAUAGACAUGAUAGAUAUCAAGGCGGAGUUCAAGCGGAUGUAUGGAAAAUCCCUCUACUCCUUCAUUAAGGGCGACACCUCAGGAGACUACAGGAAAGUCCUGCUCCUCCUUUGUGGUGGGGAAGACUAACAGCCCAAAUGGCCUCUUGCCUUUUCCUACACCCAGGCAGCAUGUCUUGUCCACGCUGCCUGCAGUCUCAAUCUCUUGCAGUAAUCCUUUUAUGCCAGCUUUGCAUCAUGCUAACCUAGAUUUUGUGUACUAUAAUAGGUUUGGAAAUAAUUUCUCCUUGGAAUCAUUGGCAGAUAAUAUACGUGUGGGGAGCUCUGAAUCUUUUCUGUGCCCUGGCUUCUAAAAUUGGACCUGCAAACCUGUGUGUGAUUUAAACAAAAACAAACAAACAAAAAACCUAGCAACUCUCAAAUUUCCUGCAGGUCCUCUUGACUAGGUUUCUUUUGUCUAUACUCCUCACUCUUGAAGGGAUUGCACAGAAGGGACUGCUGAACACCUAAGUCAGCCUUUCUCACCUAGUGACCUCCAGCUGUUGCCAAACCACAACCCCCUCUAUCCUUGGACAUUUGACUACAGACUGGUUGGAGUUGGUGGGAGUUAUAGCCCCAAAACAUCUGGAGAGUAGCAGGCUAGGGAAGGCUAGCUUUAGUAUUCUGUAGAUUUAUAAAUGAAACAUAGGCCUUCCUUGCAGUCUGAAGUGAAAAAGAGGAAACUGCCUUAUAUUGAGUUAGACCACUGGUCCAUCUAGCUCAGCACUGUCUACACUGACUGGCAGCAACUCCCAAAGAUUGCAGAGAAGAGUCUCUCCUGGAGAUUCCAGGAUCUGGGACCUUCUGUAUGCAAAGCAGGUGCUCUGUGGCCCUUCCCCAAAGUACACCCCACACACAACUACACCCUCUUAUACAGAAGACUACGUAAGCAUUGUUACUUAACUUCCCAUGUCCAGCAAAAUCAGGAAUAAAUAUUGCAUAAUGAAAGGGCAGUGCUGGAUUUCAACCCUUGGCCUCACUGUAACUGCUAGCAGAAUGCCCUGUACAUUGUAUUUCUUACCCUAAUUCCCCAGAGGCCAGCCAUACAUUUUGUUUCAUUAAUUUCUUAACAUUGUUAGGGUCUGGUGUUUUGAAGAGGAGCCCCUGAGCCAGGUGACUUGUACUCCUGUUGUCUUCAUUUCCCCAGAAUUCUUUUGGGGCCUCAACAAAUAAGACCCCGAGGCAUUCUGGGCAAAUGGCAAUGGCAACAGCUGCACUGCCUGCCUGGUGCUUGCCUUAUUGGUUCAGGGCUCCCUGUAAUGACCCAGCCAUGGCCUUGCCACUGGGGCUGCCAUACCACCUUUACACAGUACCCUUCGUACGCAUGGCAAGGGAGACUUGCUUCUCGGUCAACGUAUAUGGGAACGGCUGCUUGCAUGUAUCAUUUAAAAAAUUGCUCUUUUUAGUAAAUCUGGAUAUUGCCAAGUCCAGCCUCUUGUUUAGUUCCCAAAGUGGGCUGGGCCUCAUUCCCAUUUAUGUGUAGUUGAUUUCAGGGUUUUUGCACUUUUUAAGAAAAUCAAGUGCUUCUGGAGGAAAAAUGAGGGGGGCAGUUUCAGCUAGACUGAGGUUGUAGCGAGGUCACCUCCCUACAAUGCUGCUGCCUUCCUCACAAGUUCUUGCCCUUUAGCAAUUGUGCAUAUUUUUUUGGGGGGGGGGAAUGUAAAGCAAAGAAUUUCACACAUGCUCUGAACAGAAAAUCUGUGUCCAGAACAAAACAUGUAAACAGCAAAUGAAUGCAAUUUGGUUCCUACUCAGAAUGCUAGAGCACUUAUUUAAAACAAAACAAUCCUCCCCUGCCGUCUUCUGUAGUGCCUUUAGAAUCACAAGUUGUAAAUUGCUGUGUCUGUAUAUAUUCUGCUGCCAAAAAUGUAACACCUUUUUGUGCCUUUCCUGUGAAAUGCAAAAAGUUAAGAAACAGUCUGAUACUCAGCACCAGGAGCAAAAGUGAUAAAGGUUGACUCUUCUGAAUGUGACAUAGAUAUGAGUGCAGGAAGUUCUGUCUUUGAUUGGAGCAGAAGCAUGAAGAGAAAUUGUCUCCUUCAUUCUUUCGUCCACUAGAGAGCAAUUCUGAUCUAGGAAACAAUUUAUGUACAGCAGCUGGUCCUAGUGUCACUGCUCAGAAAGCCCUCUCAUCUGUGAUUUGGAAAAAAACAAAAACCUGUCAGGUUGUGAUUUACUUUUUUCAUGUUUGUCUGAAUUCUAUUUUGCUUCUAAAAGAGUGGGAAUUGAACCUGA